AUGAAGGGAGCGAACCCGGCUGACGGCAAAACGGUCUGGUUCCGGAAACGAAAAGUGCUGGGGACCCUCUGCCGUGCACAGCUCGGCCGUGCCUUUCCGCGAAGGGUGCGCGAGCCUACGCCCGAGACGACGGCACGCAAAGCCGCAAAGCUUGGGGGCGGCGGCAGCAGCUGGCCUCCGGCUGCGGACGAGUGGGAGCUCGACGAGCGGCAGCACGAGCGGCCUAGGAAGCACGUGCACGACUGCGUGCACCGCGAGAUCACGCUCGAGCCGCUGCUCGACGCCGUGACGCGCACCAAGGCCUUCCAGCGGCUCGGCUCGCUGAGGCAGCUCGGCUCGACGCACCGGGUCUGGCCGAACGCAACGCACACGCGAAAGGCGCACAGCCUCGGCGUGGCGUACCUGGCGGAGAAGCUGUGCAGAAACAUUGCGCAGCGGCCGAUGCCCCACGGCGUGCAGCCGCCCGACGAGCGCGACAUUCUGCUCGUCAAGCUCGCCGCGCUGUGCCACGACCUUGGCCACGGCCCGUUCUCGCACACGUUUGACAACUUUGUGGUGCCGGCGGCGGCGCGGCGUGCGCGGGACGAGGGCGACGCCGGGCUUGCCAAGGUGCUGGAGAAGCACAAGCACGAGCAGCUGUCUGUGCGGCUGCUGCGCAAGGUGUUUGCCCAGCCGCCGCUCGCGGCGCGCGAGGACCGGCUGACGGAGGCGGAGCUAGUCUUCGUCGAGGAGCUGAUCCUCGGCGGCGACUUGAAGGGAGGGGUGGACGCGCGCAAAGGGCGCGGCUGGGACAAGCGCUACCUGCUGGACAUGGACAAGCUCGACUACCUGCGCCGCGACCCUGACACGGUCGGGAUGAGUGGACUGGUCGUCCCGCUGCUUGAGAACGCAGAGGUGCGGCUGGCGACCUUUGGCGGCGAGGCGCGCGCGCGGCCGGUCAUCUGCUACCCGGACAAGAUGUCCCCUUCGCUCUUUGAGGUCUUCCGCAAGCGCGCGGAGCUGCACUGCCAGCUCUACACGCACAAGCACGUCGUGGCCUGGGACCUGCUGCACCGCGACUUUCUGCUCGCCGCCGACGCGCUCGGCCCGGUCGUGGGCAGCCUGCGCCUCGCCGAGACGGACGCCUUCCUCAAGAUGACCGACGAGUCGGUCAUGGCGCGCUUCGAG